AUGACUCCGAGAAUCUGUCUACAGUAUUCGAUUAUCUAUUCUCCGAAGUUUGUGGUAUUCACUUCACAUCCAUCUGAUUCCAUCCGAUCGAAACGAAACCGUUUUCAGAAGUGUUCGAGUGGUGGACGUCAUCUGAGCGUGUCCGUCAGUUCAUCGACCCAGAAGACUCCGAAGACUCCGAAGAGCAAGAUGGACACGAUGCACGGAUUCCUCGUUCCCGAUUACACUCUCCACGAUUUCGACGACGGCGAAGAGUGCAAAGUGGUGCGUAUGAUCUUCCAGAUGUCCGGAGUUCCGUACCAAUUCAAGCACGUUCACAAAGACGACUACAUUCUCGAAGGCACGCUUUCUCUGUCUUCUUCUUUCUUUUCUAUUACAUUCCUUUACAGAUUACCCAUUCUAUGCCCUUCCGGCUCUCGAAAUGAACGAACGAAAGUACGGAAGCGUUCUCUCGAUUUGCAGACAUUUGGCAUGGAGAUACAGUAAUCCUAUCUUUAAUUUAAAAAAAACAAAGCAAACCACUUUCAGAUCUGUCUGGAAAGACCGCCUACGAUGAUGCGCAGGUGGAUGACAUCGCGGAGAAAGUUUUCGAAGUUCGCAUGAAAAUCAAGAAUUGGAUCGAUCAUAUUGAGCACGCUGCUGAGCACGCUUGCGAUGUAAGCGCCGCCCUCCCUUCCUUUCGAAAAAAAACGCUGAAAAACCGCUGGAAAUUGCAGGAGGAAUGCACGGAAGACGGCGCGGAGAAACUGCUGACCGAAACACUGUUUCCUAUCCUCGAGAGAGUGCUGAAGGCAGCCCCGUCUUCAUGGUUGGUCGGACAUUCAGUGAGUUAUGCGCGUGCAGCGCAGGCGGUUAGAGCGACGCGCAGUAAGAGAAACCUCGCUGCUGCCUCGCGUUGGUUCGACACUCGAGCGGUGAUGAAUGCACGUGUAUGCUUCUGACACCUCUUAUGUUAGCGGUAAAUUUCCGUGCCGCGAUGAGUCCACCAGGAUCUCUGAGCUCUUUUGCACUGUUUUCAACUUUCAGAUGACCUGGGCGGACCUUCUUGUCGCCUGCCUCGUCAACCCCAUCAUCUACCAACGUCCGAAACUGCUCCAGGACUUCCCACUGCUCUACUUGCACAACGAAAAGAUUGCUCAUCAUGAUGACCUCUCCGGGUUUUUGUACCACGUGAGAACGCGCAAAUUCCAAGACAAAAAAUGAAUAAGUAUAACACCGUUAAAUUUCCCGUGACAACAUGGACAAAAACAAUGUCACUUUAUCAGAAAUCUGAACUCUUCUCCCCCUUUUUCUAUCAUUUCAUCGUUUAUUUUUCAACGUUCGAACCGGUUCGUUGUCUGACUAUAUCACACUUUACGUUUUUCGGAAAAUAAAGGGAUUAGAAGAAUGAGCCAAUCGAAGCAGAGAAGAAGUUUGAGCCUGGACGACGAGAGCGAGUCGGCCAACUACCUCCGUUCGCAAUGGAGCGCCUGUGUCAAGUCGACGAAGAUGCUGAAGCGGGUGACUGUCGUGAUGCGCGGUGCGGAGCGCGUCGAUCGCAUCUUCGGAUCAACGUGGUGCCAGACGGAAAAGUUUAUGGAUAAGGUUGGAAAGAAACGAGAGAACAGUGGGAACGGAGAGGAAUUCAGGUGUAUCCGACGGACAUAAAUGUGCCGAAAGGAGCCGUCCUCCAUCCGCACUUCUACCAGUUCAACCCGCCCAUCACCAACAUGGGUACGCUCGUCCCUUCUCAACGGACCGAACUCGCAUUUUGCAGGAAAGUACACUGCCCAGCUGAUCACUCGUGCUCUCGGCAACCGGGGAAUCGAGCCGGCGGUCAUCUUCUGCUCUCCGACGCUCCGCACUCUCCAGACUGCCGCCGCCGUCGCCAAAUCGACCGGAUCCCGGAUUCUCGUGGAGCCAGGCCUUCUAGAGCCGAUGGAAUGGUACCGCAGAGCCGGAGCCAAGCAGCUGCCCGACUUUUUCGAGGACGUCAUCGAUUUCCAGCAGAUCGACAAGACAUAGUCAGUUGGGAAUCACCGGAAACAGCCGAAAAUGUUGCGUUUUGCAGUAAACCAAUCUACUCGAUGGCCGAAAUGAACGAACAAUUCAGUUCGAAACCGCAGGAUUCGUGCAUCGAACGAAUCAUGCUCACGAUCAAAAAGUACGCCCGAUUCCCUUGCAUCUCCCCAUUCCUCCCUUUGCAGCAUCUGCGUCAUCUACCGUGAUUCGCCCGCUCUCAUCGUCGGCCACGCCGUCACAAUGGACAUCGCGUCUCGCAUCGGACAGCACGGCGACUCGCUGAGCAGUGAGAAUGUCGAGGAUCUGACCUCCUACGAAGACUCCACGUACCCGUCCGAUCCGAGUGGGCAGGCCGCCAAACUCGAGAUGGGCGUCCGUUAUCCGCCGCUGAGUGUUAUCGGCCUCACUCGCAGCAGUGACGCCCCGCCGUACGUCGUCAAGACCAUCCCCGACCUCAUUCCGCCGCUCACUUACGGAGCUUUCUCGAACAAAAUUCUUCAUUGA